AUGGCGAGCGCGGGGAACGGCGGCGGCGGGGCGCUGAAGCGGUCCAUGGGCCCACUGCGUGUGCAGUACUACAUCGUGAUGGGCGCGGUGGCGGCGGCCGUGGUGCUGGCCACGCUGCGCUACAUGCCGGGCCCGGCAAUCCCGGCGACCGCCGCCGCCGCCGCUAGCACCACCACCACCACCAGCAGCAUCGGCGGCGGCGUCGUGCGCUCGGCUCAAGCCGCCGCUGCCGCGGCCGCGGAGGAGGAAGGGGAGGAGCAGGCGCAGGAGGAGGGGAGGAAGAAGAAGAGGAAGAAGGGGGACGGAGUGGUGCUGUUCAACUUCGGCGACUCCAACAGCGACACGGGCGGCGUGGCGGCGGUGAUGGGGAUCCGCAUCGCGCCGCCCGAAGGGAGGGCCUACUUCCACCACCCCACGGGCCGGCUCUCCGACGGCCGCGUCAUCCUCGACUUCAUCUGUGAGAACCUGGGCACGCCGCACCUGAGCCCGUUCAUGAAGCCGCUGGGCUCCAACUACUCCCACGGCGUCAACUUUGCGCCAUCGCGGGCUCCACGGCCACGCCGGGAGCUACCACCUUCUCGCUGGACGUGCAGGUGGACCAGUGAGGCUGCCCCAAUUGAUGAGAAGGCGUUCCCAGAUGCUAUAUACACCAUGGACAUUGGGCACAACGAUAUAAACGGUGUUCUCCACUUGCCCUACCAUACAAUGCUCGAAAAGCUUCCCCCAGUAAUUGUUGAAAUCAAGAAAGCCAUCGAGAGGUUGCACAAGAACGGAGCCAGGAAGUUCUGGAUACAUGGGACGGGAGCGUUGGGAUGCAUGCCUCAGAAGCUUUCUAUGCCGAGGGAUGACGACCACGACCUUGAUGAGCAUGGGUGCAUCGCGACCAUCAACAAUGUCUGCAAGAAGUUCAAUUCUUUGCUGAGUGAAGCCUUGGACGAGCUGCGUUUGACGCUGAAAAGUUCUACGAUCAUCUUUGUGGAUAUGUUCGCUAUCAAGUAUGAUCUUGUUGCCAACCACACGAAAUACGGGAUUGAGAAGCCAUUGAUGACAUGUUGCGGUCAUGGAGGGCCCCCUUACAACUAUGACCCCAAGGAGAGCUGCAUGACUUCGGACAAAUACCUCUGUAAGCUUGGCGAAAAGUUCAUAAGCUGGGACGGGGUUCACUUCACCGAUGCUGCAAACGGAAUUGUGGCUUCCAAAGUGCUCAGUGGCGAGUACAACAUUCCUAGGGUCAAGCUGACCAGCCUCGUCCCCAAAGCAAAAUCCGACGAUUAA